CCAACCCCUCUGUGUCCUCUCUGUUCUGUUCCCUGUACUCACCUCUCUGCACAAUCUUGUCGGUUUCUCUUUUUCUGACUAUAUCCUAUCAUGGUGUUCUUCACUUCGUCUUCUUCUCUCUGAAACCCUCCUCCCUCCCCCUCUCUCUCUCUAUUCCUUUUUUUCUCCAUAUGUAUAAGAUGUAUACAUGUGAGAUAUAGAGAAAUAGGUCUAUAUAUAUGUGUGCAUUUUACAGGUUUGAAGUUCGAACCCAGAAAAGCCCACAUUGAUCGAAGCCCUAGAAAAUCAAAAAAAAUUCGUAUCAUGGGAUGUGCUCAAUCGAAGAUUGAUAACGAAGAGUCAGUUUCAAGAUGCAAAGACAGGAGGAACUUGAUGAAAGAAGCUGUUUCUGCUAGGAAUGCUUUCGCUUCUGGGCAUUCCGGCUACGCCAUGGCCCUCAAGAACACCGGCGCCGCCUUGAGUGACUACGCCCAUGGCGAGGUCGAAGAAAGGCACCACCUGGUGGGACCCAGUGGCAUUGGUGGUGACCCUUCUUCGGAUCAGCCACCGAAACCGCCACCGCCACCCCCCUUGAUGGAAUCACAACUCCCACCACCGCCUCCGCCUUUGCCAAACUUCUCUCCGGUCACGCCGCUUCAGCGUUCCUUGACCAUGCCGGAGUUCUCUGUCUCCAAAGUAAAUCGGAAAAUGAACAGUGUUGCCAUUGCUGAGGAUGACGAGGAAGUUGAAGAAGUUCCUGGUGAUUUGCAAAGGCGAAAAGGGCGUAGUGUGUCUCGGGAGAUUGAGGCGGAGACGCCGCAUUCACCGCUGCAAACUCCGGUCCCACCGCCGCCGCCGGAGUCGAAAGGGAUGGCGUGGGAUUAUUUCUUUAUGGUGGAGAACAUGCAUGGACCAUCAUUGAGCGAGGCUGAAGAUAUUAUUGAGGAAGAAGUUGAGAAUGUGGUUGAAAAUGAUGGUGGCGUUGAGCCGAAGACGCCGGAGAAGGUGGUGAUGCAGGGGUUUAUCACGGAGGAGGAGGAGGAGACGCCGGCGGUGGAGAAGCAAGAGAAACAGUUUAUUCAUUCGAAUACAGCGCCCCCGGGACUAAAGGGUGGGAAUAACGCUAUUAAGUUUGGGUCUAGUGUGGAUUUGUUGAAGGUUUUGGGUGAUGUUGAUGAUCAUUUCUUGAAGGCAUCAGAGAGUGCCCAAGAGGUCUCGAAGAUGCUUGAGGCAACGACGUUGCACUAUCACUCGAAUUUCGCCGAUAAUCGAGGACACAUUGACCAUGCAGCAAGGGUAAUGCGAGUUAUUACGUGGAAUAAAUCAUUUAGAGGUAUACCCAAUGGCGAUGGUGGGAAGGAUGAUUUUGAUGCAGAAGAGUAUGAGACACAUGCCACUGUUUUGGAUAAGUUACUAGCAUGGGAGAAAAAGUUAUACGAGGAAGUGAAGGCUGCUGAGCUUAUGAAGCUUGAGUAUCAGAGGAAGGUUGCCCUUUUGAGCAAGCUGAAAAAACGCAGUGCUAGUUCUGAGUCGUUAGAGAAGACGAAAGCUGCGGUUAGUCAUUUGCAUACAAGAUACAUAGUUGACAUGCAGUCUUUGGAUUCAACGGUCUCGGAAGUAAAUCACAUACGUGAUGAUCAAUUGUAUCCAAAACUUGUUGCUCUGGUUCAUGGGUAA